AUGGCAGGCAAGCAUCUGGCGCAGCACUGCAGGGCGGAGUACCCCCGAGGUGUCAACCUCGCGCUCUGGGUGAUUGCAGAGAUUGAGAUCAUCGCCAGCGACAUCCCAGAAGGUGUCUCCUCCUCUCCCUCGUCUCUCGUUCUCUCCCUCGUCUCUCGUUCUCUCCCUCGUCUCCCCUUUUCUCCCCCUCUCUCCUUCUCUCCCUCUCUCUCCUUCUCUCCCUCGUCUCCCCUUUUCUCCCCCUCUCCUUCUCUCCCUCUCUCUCCUUCUCUCCCUCGUUUCUUCGCCUCUUCCUCCUCUCCCUUCCGCUCGUUGCCUGGAUUGGAAUUGAUAGGAACGGCCUUUGCACUGAACAUGUUGUUUGGCAUUCGACUAUGGGCGGGAGUAAUCAUAACUGGCUUCAGCACGCUCCUCUUCCUUGGCCUCCAGCGAUUCGGGGUGCGCAACCUAGAGGUGUUCAUAGCGCUGCUGGUGAUGGUGAUAGCGUGCUGCUUCUUCAUAGAGAUGGGCCAUGCUCCAGUGGACGGCAUGGCAGUGCUGGAGGGCAUGUUCGUCCCCCGCAUACAAGACCUGGGGGCGCUUGCGAUUGCCAUCUCUCUCAUCGGCGCGCUUGUCAUGCCGCACAACCUAUUCCUGCACUCUGCUCUUGUGCUUAGUCGCAAGCACCAGCGCACCGCUGCAGGCAUCAAGGACGGGUGCUUGUACUCCCUACUGGAGGUGGCAGCGGCGCUCAUCAUCAGCUUCGCCAUCAACGUGGCAGUCAUCUGUGUGGGCGGGGCGGUCUGCUCCGCACCGGACCUCUCCCCGGACGUGCAGGCGAGCUGCAGCGACAUCAGCCUCAGCAACGCCUACUUCCUGCUGCGCGACGUGCUGGGCGCGUGGGCCUCCACGCUCUUUGGCAUCGCUCUGUUAGCCUCAGGGCAGAGUUCCACCAUCACGGGGACGUACGCGGGGCAGUAUGUGAUGUCGGGGUUCCUGGAGCUGCACCUGGCCUCGUGGCUGCGCAACCUGCUCACUCGCCUCGUUGCCAUCGUGCCUUCUCUCGCUGUCGCCAUUGUGGCUGGCUCUACGGGCGCCGGCAACCUCAUCAUUGCCUCCUCGAUCAUCCUGUCGUUUGGCCUGCCCUAUGCGCUCAUCCCUCUGCUCAAGUUCACCAACAGCCCUGUCAAGAUGGGGCCCUUCACCAACCACCCCACGGUCACUGUAGCUGCAUACAUCAUCGGCACUGUAGUUAUCUUUGUUAAUUGCGUGCUCGUGGUGCAAGCCUGUGUGGAGUACCUGGUAUCAGACCACAUUCCCCAGGCCGCCCGGAUCCCCCUUGGGAUUGCCAUAGCCCUUGUGCUCCUCAUCUACGUCGUCUCCCUCGCGAUGCUCGCACGGCGGCCUGUAACGGAAGUUACGUACAUUUCGGCAAAUGAGGGGUCGAGUGUUGAGCUUGAUGCUUACAUGGGCUCUCCCCCUCAUGACUUUGGGCGGAGUGGGGGGGAUGGUGAGGAUGGUGAGAAGGGAGAGUUGGAGGAUGGAGAGGAGAGGAGAGAGGAGGGGAGGGAGGAGAGAGGGGAGGGAGGAUCGAUAGCGAUGACAAAUGGGGUGGAGGGGAAAGGUGGUGAUGGGGGAAGGGACGAAGGGGAUGAUGGAGGAGAGGGGCGCGAGGGGAGUGACUUUAGCGGUGGUAGGAUGAAGCGGGAGCAUGACGCGCACGAGGCGUUGGUGUACGCGCGGAAUCUCAACGAGUACAACGCCGCGGCGCUCGAGCUGUCGCGGUCCCGAAAGCCAUACCUACUGCGCACGCUGUACGGCGACAUGCUGAUGGACGGUGUGCAGCCCAACUUCGUGACGUUCCAUGCCGCCAUCACGGCGUGCAUGCGCGCCAACCGCCUGCACGACCUCGUCUUCUUCUUCAACCAGAUGCGCGCGCGCGGCAUCACGCCCGAUCGCUACAUAUUCAACUGCGUCAUGACGGCGUACAGCCGCAGCGGGCACGUGGAGAGGGUUUUCAGGGUGGACUGGGACAUGCGCGCUGCAGGGCGCCCGCCCAACAUCCGCACCUACCAUGCGCUACUCACUGCCUGCACCACCACUGGCCGCUUCGACAAAGCCGCAGAGGUGCAGGAGCGCAUGAAGAAGGACGGCGUGGCAAUGAACAAGUUCUGCCACGCUGCUCUCAUCGCCAUGCACCAGCGCGUGCGCCCCUCCUCGCCCCGCAUCGUUGCCAAGAUAUUCUCUCUCGUGGAACAGUCCCUGACAGCACCCACCUACAGCAUUGAACCCGACUCCACGCCCCCCACCACACCCGCCACAACCACCACUGCUGGCACCACUGAUUCCCCUGCUGCCACUGCCACUGAUCCCACCACUGAUCACCCCGCUGCUUCCACCCUUGAAUCCGCUGCUGCUGCCGCCGCGGCCUCAGAUUUCACCAGCAGCGCCACCCACGCCACAGGAGCUGCUGAGCCCGCCCACGCAGGAGCUGCUGACGCCCCCCACACAGGAGCUGCUGCUGCCGUGCCUGCUGGUGGUGGCAUGGGCGUGGGUGCGGGGGCGGGGUCAGAGGAGCAUGCUGAGAUGGAGGAGAUGGCGGAGCAGGAGGGCGGGGUGGGCAUGGGCCUGGAUGACAUGGGUGACAUGGGUGAUUACGGUGGGCGGGAGGAGAGGGCGGGAAGGGCGAGAGGAGGAGGCGGGCUGGUUUAUGCGAAUGCGGAUCUGGUGGUGCACCGCGCGGCAAUCAGGGCGUUCCUGGACGCACACCAGCUGCAGGUGCGCCCUCGGUAUGCUCAGGUGUGCUUUCAGUUAGCUCGGUGUGCUGUAGGUUGA